UUUAAUCCGAGGGCGCUGAGCCGGCUCCAGGGGGCGGGACAGUCCUAUCAGUAGCCGCUGGGGAGAGUUGGCCUCUGUUUUGGGGUGGGGAGGGCCCGUUAAGUGCUGUAACCAGGCCAUCCCUCACCCGCACCCCGGCGGGAGCCGCGGAGGGGAGAGCGUUGCACCCAUCCGCUGGCUCUUCUUGAGGGAGAGUCUCCCGGGAAAGCCUAGAGACGCGUUUCCCGCCCUGGACCCGGAACCACCUCCCCCCCAAUUACACACACACCCGUGCGCACGGGCACCCAGCGGGUCUGCGGGGCCUGGACUUGCCCUUCACUGGGGCCCGAGACGGUUUAUCAAAGAGGGCUCCGAGUUGGGAGGGGGCGUGUCCCGUAGAAGUUCCGGGCGAGGGGAACGAGACCUGUGUUUGGUGACCAUCCCGGGAAUGUAGCAAUAGUCGAGAGUCCUGCCCCUGCCACUAACUCGCUGUAUGACCUUGAGCUACUCCUAGUCUCUGGACAGAAAGUUUCUAGACUUGUAGACUGAAAGGGCUGCUCUGGGUGAUCCCGAAGAGUCUUUCUAAUUUAAAAAAACAGUGAUUUGGUUAAGUUGAUCUUGGCGAUUUGGAGGGGAGCGCCGCUGGAAGUUGCCUCUGCUGUGGAGGCUGUUGCAUGCCUGCUUUGUGGAAGUUUGGAGGGGUUUAAGACGGGUAGAAUGGCCUUUUGGCCUAACCUUGCCUUUGGGAAAGCUUAAGGAGGUUGCCUGGCAAGGUGUAUCACAGACCUGCUAUUGAUGUGUGGUAUUGUGACUCUGAGUCUUUGAAAAUUGGGGCCACAGGUAGUUGAUACUUGAUAGGAAUGGUUCAAGACCAAACUGACUUGAUGUAAACGUGGAGAGAGAGGAUGAGAUGCGGUAGGCAGUUUCCAAAAGAAGAGAACUUGGAAAAUAAAUCAGUUGAAAACUGAAAGGGGGGGUGGUGGUAUUUAAAAUAGAACUGACCUAAAUUGUUGUGGUGAUAACUAGCAUUGUUUAGCAAAUCUACAGUCUUUGCUUCAUUUAAUCCUUACAGCUCUCUAAGGUAUUGUCCCUUUGUUGCCACUCUGAGCAAAUGCAGAGCUGGAGACACACUAGUCUUUAGAGGAUUGUCCUCUGGAUGAAGAUGAAGAUGCAUUUCAGGGCUUGGGAGAAGAAGAUGAAGAGAUUGAUCAAUUCAACGAUGAUACAUUUGGGUCAGGUGCUGUUGAUGAUGAUUGGCAGGAAGCGCAUGAGCGCCUGGCUGAAUUGGAAGAGAAGCUGCCGGCGGCAGUUAAUGAACAAACAGGCAACGGAGAACGGGAUGAGAUGGACUUGCUGGGUGACCAUGAGGAGAAUCUGGCAGAAAGGCUCAGUAAGAUGGUGAUUGAAAAUGAGCUAGAAGAUCCAGCUAUCAUGAGGGCAGUGCAGACCAGGCCAGUUCUGCAACCCCAACCAGGAAGUCUGAAUUCCAGCAUCUGGGAUGGGUCUGAAGUUCUGAGGCGAAUCCGAGGGCCACUGCUUGCUCAGGAAAUGCCCACAGUAUCUGUAUUAGAAUAUGCCCUGCCUCAGAGGCCCCCGCAGGGUCCAGAAGACGAUCGAGACCUUUCUGAGCGCGCAUUACCACGGCGGUCAACGUCACCUAUCAUUGGGAGUCCUCCUGUUAGAGCCGUCCCCAUAGGCACCCCACCUAAGCAGAUGGCUGUACCCAGCUUCAACCAACAGAUCCUGUGUCCGAAGCCUGUCCAUGUCCGGCCCCCGAUGCCACCACGUUACCCUGCUCCCUAUGGUGAGAGGAUGUCUCCAAACCAGCUCUGCAGUGUCCCGAACUCUUCCCUGCUUGGUCACCCUUUCCCUCCUAGUGUUCCUCCUGUUCUCAGCCCCCUCCAGAGAGCACAGCUUCUUGGAGGAGCACAGCUACCGCCUGGACGGAUGUCUCCCAGCCAGUUUGCACGGGUCCCUGGAUUUGUGGGUAGUCCGCUUGCUGCCAUGAAUCCCAAGUUGCUGCAAGGGCGAGUAGGGCAGGUGCUUCCCCCAGCACCUGGCUUCCGUGCCUUCUUUAGUGCUGCACCCCCUGCCGCUCCGCCGCCUCCACAGCAGCACUCCCCCGGCCCAGGGCCUCACCUGCAAAACCUAAGAUCUCAGGCCCCAGUGUUUAGACCAGACACGACUCACCUCCAUCCGCAGCACCGUCGGCUCUUGCAUCAGAGACAGCAGCAGAACAGAAGUCAGCAUCGCAGUCUCAAUGGUGCUGGAGACAGAGGGAGUCACCGGAGCAGUCAUCAAGACCAUCUCCGAAAGGAUCCCUAUGCCAAUCUCAUGCUGCAGCGAGAGAAGGAUUGGGUCUCUAAAAUCCAGAUGAUGCAGCUGCAAAGCACUGAUCCCUACCUGGACGAUUUCUAUUACCAGAAUUACUUUGAAAAACUGGAGAAACUGUCAGCUGCUGAAGAAGUACAAGGCGAAGGCCCGAAAAAGGAGCGCACCAAACUCAUCACCCCGCAGGUGGCCAAACUGGAGCAUGCGUAUAAGCCAGUGCAGUUUGAGGGCUCUUUGGGAAAGCUUACAGUCUCCAGUGUGAAUAACCCCCGAAAAAUGAUCGAUGCCGUUGUGACGUCUCGGAGUGAGGAUGAUGAGACAAAAGAAAAACAGGUUCGGGACAAGAGACGAAAAACCCUUGUCAUAAUUGAGAAAACCUAUAGUUUACUCCUGGAUGUGGAGGAUUAUGAAAGGCGGUAUCUCCUAAGUCUAGAAGAAGAGCGACCUGCCCUGGCGGAUGAAAGAAAGCACAAAAUUUGUAGCAUGUAUGACAACUUAAGGGGGAAAUUGCCUGGACAAGAGAGGCCAAGUGAUGACCACUUUGUACAGAUCAUGUGUAUCCGAAAAGGGAAGAGAAUGGUUGCCCGUAUUCUUCCUUUCCUCUCCACAGAGCAAGCAGCUGACAUUCUCAUGACAACAGCCAGGAAUCUCCCUUUCCUUAUCAAGAAGGAUGCACAAGAUGAGGUGCUGCCAUGCUUACUGAGUCCCUUCUCUCUGCUACUGUAUCACCUUCCGUCAGUGACUGUCACCAGCCUUCUGCAACAGCUCAUGAACCUACCUCAAAGCGCAGCUGCACCAGCACCCUCCAACCCUCACCUCGCUGCUGUGCUCCAGAACAAGUUUGGCCUGUCACUGCUCCUCGUCGUCCUGAGCCGUGGGGAAGACCUCCAGAGUUCAGACCCCGCUACAGAAUCAACACAGAACAACCAGUGGACAGAGGUGAUGUUCAUGGCAACCCGAGAACUUCUGCGGAUUCCCCAAGCAGCCCUGGCCAAGCCAAUCUCUAUACCCACAAACCUGGUGUCCCUCUUUUCUCGCUAUGUUGACCGACAGAAACUGAACUUGCUGGAGACAAAGCUGCAGCUAGUUCAGGGGAUCCGAUAAAAGAUCUCCAAAUGUGUCCUGUACCUCCUUUUGGCUGCCACCUGCACUGCCGCCUCACAAUGGAGUGUUUUUAAUGAGGGAGGGAAGGUAGCUUAUUUCCCAGAGCGUCUUGUGGGACCGAUUCCUGUCAACUGGGGUCGGCUGUCAGUGCCAGAUGUUUCCCCACUGCUCUGUGGAAUUUGGCUGGGUGAUACUUCGGCUGGUUCCUUCUUGCCUUCUGUGUUACAAUUCUGCAUGUCCUGCUUUUCCUCAAUUCUUCUCAAUUUUGCAUUUUCUUUGCCCUAGAGACACAAAUAUAAUCUCUCCCCUUUCCCACCCCCAGUACUCCAGUUCAGAGUAGAUCGUAGCCUGCCAAAGGAUUCCUUCCCUCAUCCUGUUAAAGUCUUCUUUCCAUUGCCCCAUAUUAAUACAACUAUAGGAGAACCAAUUAAGUAGAAACCGAUAUAUAUAUACAUACAUAUGUACGUACAUAUGUAUGCACACACACCCCCUACACACAUUCAUGUGGUCUCCAGAGGAUCCUUGAAGAACGAGUUUUAGAUUGAGAAAUACAUAGUUGACACGUCCCUCCUCUGAAAUCAAACCAGCUGAUGUAUUUUUAAUCUGUUUCUAGUCCAUCUUGUAAUUAAUUUGGUGGGUUCUACUUGUUUUAAUAUAAAUACAGGGUAUGCAGCACAUUAAUAAAAUCAGAACUCGUAAUGGGCUGACUCCCAGCUCUAGGCUGAGAAGUCCUGUAUCUUCUCCCCGCCAUAUUUCCUUUGAAUCUGUCUGCCUCGGUGAUACGGCACACGGUUAAGCCCUUUCCUGCUACAACUACAGUGCACUUGAGCCUGUCCCCUCCAGGGCGUGCAAGGUUGCCCCAGAUGAGCCGGACUUAGAGCCUGCUUCCACAGUGUAGUGUUUGCACACUCGCUCUGUCUUCCUGACACAACGUCAAUAAAGCCAUGCUUUUACUUCCCGCUUCCCCGUUUUUAUUUGGUGUCCUAGGUAGCAACCUCCAAAGGUAACCACGGAAGCUCAGUUGGGCUUGCUUUGCUCUGCAGGCUCCUCCACACCACAGGCAGAACUGCUGCCCUUCCCCUUUGUCUCCAGGUCCCUCUCCCAGGCAGCCAGGGGCCUGGCUCUCAGUCCUGGCAGGGAUAGCCCACUGUGGUCCUUCCCACCCAUCCCCCUCUUCUGCAGCAGCCGAGCAGGACAAGGGGUUUGAUCUCCAGGGAUUACAGCCCUCCGGAAAAUUUAAUCACAGUCAGUUUCACAUGACUGUCCUGAUGAUAAACUUUUUGCUUUUCUCACCUUUUCGAAUGUUAGUGAGGGGACAGGUUAUGAUAUUUAAAGAGAAUCAACAUUUUGCACAAACAUGUCUCAUACAACAGUAAAGUCCUCCAUUAUAACCAGCUGUCCUUGCUUUCCAUCUCUGUCUCUCCCCAUUCUGGAGCCCUGGCCCUGCCAGCUGCUCCCGGUGACAUGACCUAGCUUCCCUCUGCCCUUCCCUACUGACUGUUUCCACCAUGCGCCUUUCCUCCCUUCCCCUCACAACUGAUCAAGUGAAUACUUGACUAUUAUUUCUUCCUUUCUGUGCUUUAUCUUUUUUGUUUGGUUCUAAUUAAUAAAAAUUAAAGUUUCUAAAUUUACAUUUUUAUAGGGUAUUGUAAAUAAAAACAAAUUGUAUACUUGAA